GGCCCGCGGCAGCGGGGAUCGCGCAGGCGCGGGGGUGGGCGCGGGGGCUGCCGGGAGAAGCGGUGAUGGAGGCUGCGCGGGCCUUGUGGGGCAGCUGAGGCCGAGGAGGCCGGGCCGGGCCGGAGCUGGGGCUGGGGCUGGGCGACAGGAGCCUCCUUCCAAACCGAGUCCUGCAGCCAUGGCCACCCUGGUGCUGUCCCGGGAGGAGAAGCUGAGCCAGGACGAGAUCGUGCUGGGCACCAAGGCCGUCAUCCAGGGGCUGGAGACCCUGCGGGGCGAGCACCGGGCCCUGCUGGCCUCCCUGCUGGAUAAUGUGGCCGGGCGGGAGGCCGGCGAGGCCGAGCCCGGAACCCAGGAACGCUCGGGGCUGCUGCGCAGGUCCCUGGAGGCCAUCGAGCUGGGACUGGGGGAGGCCCAGGUGAUCCUGGCACUGUCCGGCCACCUCGGGGCUGUAGAGUCCGAGAAACAGAAGCUGCGCGCCCAGGUGCGCCGCCUGGUGCAGGAGAACCAAUGGCUCCGGGAGGAGCUGGCCGGGACCCAGCAGAAGCUGCAGCGCAGCGAGCAGGCUGUGGUCCAGUUGGAGGAGGAAAAGCAGCACCUGCUGUUUAUGAGCCAGAUCCGGAAGCUGGACGAGGACCCUUCUCCCAGUGAAGAGAAAGGGGACGUUUCCAAGGAUUCUCUGGAUGACCUGUUCCCUAAUGAGGACGAACAGAACCCAGCUCAGGGCCCUGGAGGUGGAGAUGCGGCUGCCCAGCACGGAGGCUAUGAGAUCCCUGCCCGCCUCCGGACCUUGCACAACCUGGUGAUUCAGUAUGCCUCACAGGGGCGUUAUGAGGUGGCGGUACCUCUCUGUAAGCAGGCCCUGGAAGACCUGGAAAAGACCUCAGGACAUGAUCACCCUGAUGUGGCCACGAUGCUGAACAUCUUGGCUCUUGUAUACCGGGAUCAGAACAAAUACAAAGAAGCUGCCCACCUGCUCAAUGAUGCUCUAGCCAUCCGAGAGAAGACCUUGGGGAAGGACCAUCCAGCUGUAGCAGCUACCUUAAACAACCUGGCGGUUCUGUAUGGCAAACGGGGCAAGUACAAGGAAGCGGAGCCUUUGUGCAAACGGGCCCUGGAGAUCAGGGAGAAGGUACUGGGCAAAUUCCACCCGGAUGUAGCCAAGCAGCUGAACAAUCUGGCCCUGCUCUGUCAGAACCAGGGCAAGGCUGAAGAGGUGGAGUACUACUAUCGGCGGGCUCUGGAGAUCUAUGAGGCCCGGCUGGGCCCCGACGACCCCAACGUGGCCAAGACCAAGAAUAACUUGGCCUCCUGCUAUCUGAAGCAGGGGAAGUACCAAGAUGCAGAAACCUUGUAUAAAGAGAUCCUGACUCGUGCUCAUGAGAAGGAGUUUGGCUCAGUCAAUGGAGACAACAAGCCCAUCUGGAUGCACGCUGAAGAACGGGAGGAGAGCAAGGAUAAGCGUCGUGACAGCACCACCUAUGGAGAAUACGGCAGCUGGUACAAGGCCUGCAAAGUGGACAGCCCCACGGUGAACACCACACUGCGGAGCCUCGGGGCACUCUACCGCAGGCAAGGGAAGAUGGAAGCGGCUCACACCUUGGAGGACUGUGCCAGUCGGAGUCGAAAGCAGGGCCUGGAUGCUGCAAGCCAGACCAAGGUGGUGGAGCUGCUGAAAGACAGUGGCGGGCGUGGGGAUCGCCGGGGUGGCCGAGAGAGUUCCGGGGGCACGGGCUCCCGGGCCGAGGCAGAGCCCGAGGAUUCAGGGCCUGCGGCUGAGUGGUCUGGGGAUGGCAGUGGCUCUCUCAGGAGAAGCGGUUCCUUCGGGAAACUCCGAGAUGCCCUGAGGCGCAGCAGUGAGAUGCUGGUGAAGAAGCUGCAGGGGGGCGGCCCCCAAGAGCCUCCCAACCCCCGGAUGAAGCGAGCCAGCUCCCUCAACUUCCUCCACAAGAGCACAGAGGAGGCCAGCCAGUCCAGCAGCGCCAACCUGUCCGAUAGCCGCAUGCUCAGUUCCAGCUCUCUCGACCUCUCUCGACGGAGCUCUCUCAUUGGCUAAGACGAGGGGUAGCAGGGCAGACAUAAGCCUGCCCCCUCCUGGUCCCCUGGGCCCUCCUCAGCUGCUUAUCUGACCCCCAGGGAUGGGGGAAUGGGGGUGGGCUCCUGCCCCACUUCAGGCACCCUUCCCCUAAGGCUGUUUCCCCCAGGCAUCCUCCCCCAUCAUUUUUUGUUCAAUCUCAGGGUAACCUUUCCCCCUGUUGUUUCAGGCUUAUUCCCCUGCCCCCCCCCACAGUCUAACACUGUUAGUCACACAGCCUUGAAGUGUCAUACUGGGGACAGAGUACAGGAAGGAGCCAGGAUUUCCCCUGUAUUUAUUUCCCUCUUCCCUUCCCCUCACUGGAAGUCAGGAAAGUGGAGAGCAGGCACCCAGAGCCUCCUCGAAGCAAUCCUGGCCACCUGGGCCUGGGGGGGGGGUGAUACUCCCUGCAGGAUCCUUCCGGCCCCCCCACGGGACCUCAGGAAAGAGGUGUUGUUACACUAAGAAGCUCCCUCCUCCCUCACCCAGGCCUCUGCUUCUGUAUAUAGAGAAAUAAGUUAUUGGCCGCUCCCUGCCCUGCUUGUGGGCACUGCCCCUUCCCCAUGCCCUGUCCAUGGUACCUCCUUUAGCCCUGCCCCGCCCCCCCCCCCCCAGUCAGGGAUAGCUGACACUGUUUUCUUCCUUCUGGGUGGUGGCAGUCCCUGGGCCUUAAAGCCGACCCUGCCACUCCCUCCCUUCGGAGGUACCACCUGCUGAGCCAUCCCUUCUCCUCCUGCACCUGUGACUACUAAUGCUUCCAGUUCUCCCCCUCAGACGCUGAGGGGGGAGGUGGGGGU